CCGGCACACUCCUCAGCCAAUGAGAAGGCUCCAUCUGGAAACAUGGCGUCUGACUUCAGGUUGAGAUGUGUGCUGCUUCUUCUGCUCCUUCUGGGCUCUUGUUUGCUUUCUAUAUUAGCGGCUGACGGCAACAAUAAGCCCAAGAAAAAGAAGGACAUCCGAGACUACAAUGACGCAGAUAUGGCCCGGCUGCUGGAGCAGUGGGAGGAGGACGAUGACAUCGAGGAAGGUGACCUCCCAGAGCACAAGAGGUCUCCUCCUCCCAUCGAUUUCUCCAAGGUGGACCCCUCCAAGCCCGAAGAGCUGCUCAAGAUGUCCAAGAAGGGCAAGACUCUGAUGGUUUUCGCUACAGUGACGGGGGAUCCUACUGAGAAAGAGACAGAGGAGAUCACAGGCUUGUGGCAGGGCAGCCUCUUCAACGCCAACUUUGAUAUUCAGAGGUUCGUGGUGGGCUCCAACAGGGCGAUCUUCAUGCUGCGGGAUGGCGGCAUGGCCUGGGAGGUCAAAGACUUCCUCGUGGCCCAGGAGCGCUGCGCCGACGUCACCGUGGAGGGACAGGUGUUCCCCGGGAAGGGCGCCAAGAAGGACGAUCCCAAAUACAAGCAGCAGAACGAAGCCAACGCCAAGAAGAAGAAGAGCAGCAAGAAGAAGACCGAGAGCAAGAAGCCUGACUUGGAGGGGAACAGCGCCAGCCAUCUGAAGCAGGAGCUGUGAUGUAAUAAACACAAGAGGGCUCUCUUCUUCUUCUUCUUCUUCUGGCCUUAGACACACUGGUGAGGGCUGCAGGACCAUGUGAUGAUGCACUGGUUCAGUCUGAGUGAACCAACGAGUCCUGUUGACUGCUGAGCUGCAACUCCAAUGAAUCGUCCCUCAUCGGAACAUGUUGCUGCAGGGACAUUUUAGAAAUCAUGGUGAUGAGCUCUUUAAGAUCCGUGCCGUCUGUCUUCUUUAGUUCUUUUUUCUUGUCAAGAGUACAUGCAGAAACAGUUUGAAAGGUACUUCAUUCUGUCCGUGCCAAGAGCCACGUCAGGUACAGGAAGUGUUUAGUUCUGGUACAGAUACACAUGGAGUCAUUCAUCAGACCCUCUGCUCCUGUCCUGGUGUGUCUUAUGUUUGUCUUUGUUCACAUUCAGCAUUUCACGAUUUGAUACAAAUGUAGCACCCACAUUUUCUGUUUUGAUUUUUCACUGAAUAUGAAAAUAAACAUUUUUUUAUACAAUCAUA